GGAUUAUAUGAUAUUCUUGUUAUGUUGGGACAAGGAAAGCACAGAGAGAGAGAGUCAGACAGGUAGCUUUUACACAGCUAGCUGGCAAAUGGCAUCGUACUUGGCAUCUUUGUCCCUAUUCAUUCAGGUCUGCAAUCAAGGCGCCUCUACCGUUUAUUGAAGAAGGGAUUGGUAUUCAAGAUUUCCAGUGGCUUCUCUAUAUUAUAAUCACCGUCUGGAUGAACAGGACGACCAGCACGUGACCUUGCGGGGGACAAAUGCGUCAUUUCAUACACCAUCGACUUCACUGGUUCUCCAUUUUUAAUAUGUAAAGAGGGAAAAGUCUAGCAGCUUUUGCUAUAUAUUUUCCAUCAAGAUCCCUUCAACAAGGCGGUUAAAAAACCAACCUUUGAAGGCUGCCCGCCAUGGCAGAGCACCCCAACUACCGCACCUCCUUCCUCGGCAUCUGGGCGCUGCUGCUUCUCCUACAUGGCGUCAAUGGAGAAAACCCUUACAGGUUUUACACUUGGAGAAUCACUUAUGGCGAUAUUUAUCCUCUGGGAGUCAAGCAACAGGGAAUUUUGAUAAAUGGGCAGUUUCCAGGGCCGACGAUUGACUGUGUCACAAAUGAUAACUUAGUUAUCAGUGUCUACAACUACCUGAACGAGCCAUUUCUCCUCACCUGGAAUGGGCUGCAGCAACGAAGGAAUUCAUGGCAAGAUGGAACUUAUGGAACCAACUGUCCAAUCCCACCAAGAAGAAACUUCACAUAUGUCCUUCAAGCUAAAGAUCAGAUCGGAACUUACGUCUACUAUCCGUCGUUGUCGCUCCAUAAAGCUGCCGGAGGAUACGGCAGCAUCAAAGUCUACAGCCGUCCUCAAAUCCCGGUGCCUUACCCCCCUCCAGCCGGGGAUCAUGUUGUUCUCGCCGGGGACUGGUUCAAGAGAAGCCAAAGACAACUUAAGUAUUUCUUGGAUGGCGGUCACAAUCUUCCCUUCCCCGACGGCCUGAUCAUCAAUGGCCGCGGCUGGAAUGGAUACACAUUCACAGUCGAGCAAGGGAAAACGUAUCGGUUCAGGAUAUCCAACGUCGGGCUCACGACUUCGUUCAACUUCAGAAUCCAGGGGCACCUCAUGAAACUGGUUGAAGUUGAAGGAUCGCAUACGGUCCAGAAUAUCUACGACUCUCUCGACGUCCAUUUAGGUCAAUCUUACUCGGUAUUGGUCACGGCAAACCAGCCGCCGAAAGACUACUACGUCGUUGCAUCCUCGCGCUUCACCUCGAAAGUUCUUACCACCACUGCCGUUCUCCAUUACCGGAACUCCUUCUCAAAGGUCUCCGGCUACCCCCCAGGCGGUCCUACGACAGAAAUCAAUUGGUCUUUGGGCCAGGCUCGAUCCAUACGUCGUAAUCUCACAGCCAGCGGACCGAGACCUAACCCUCAGGGCUCCUACCACUACGGACUGAUCAAGCCGGCCCGGACGAUCGUUCUUGCGAACUCUGCGCCGUACAUCAACGGGAAACAGAGAUACGCCGUCAACAGCGUGUCUUACAUAUCCCCCGACACUCCAUUGAAGCUCGCCGACUACUUCAAGAUCGGAGGAGUCUUCAGCGUCGGAAGCAUCCCCGACCGGCCCACCGGAGGGAACGCCUAUCUCGCCACUUCCGUUAUGCACGGAGACUACCGAUCUUUUCUCGAGAUAGUUUUCCAGAACUGGGAGAACACGGUCCAGUCAUGGCACAUCAACGGAUAUUCCUUCUUCGUCGUCGGGAUGGAGGGCGGACAAUGGACGCAAGCGAGCAGAUCGCGAUACAAUUUGAGGGAUGCCGUCGCACGUUACACGACUCAGGUGUACCCGAGGUCGUGGACGGCGAUUUACAUUGCUCUCGAUAACGUCGGGAUGUGGAAUGUACGAUCGGAAAACUGGGCGAGGCAGUAUUUGGGACAGCAAUUUUAUCUACGGGUUUACACCUCGUCGGCGAGCUGGAGAGAUGAGCUCCCGAUUCCGAGGAAUGCUCUCCUCUGCGGCCGAGCAAGAGGUCACCGGACCAGACCUCUUUAGAGCGGUGUUGUUGUCAUCGUCGUUUUCGACCGUCACGAAAGGGUGACUGGCCGGCCAUUAAACGUAUGUUGUGAGCUACAAUAAUAGUCGAAGUAGCAGCUCAGCUUGAGCUGUGAUUUGCAUUUUAGCAUUCAUUAUCUUCUUCACCAUUCUUGAAAAUUUGUAGUGCCGUUAUAACUGAUUCCCACGGGCAUUUCUUGAUAUUCUGAAGAUGUCGGAAUU